UCAGCCGCGGGCGGCGGGGGUGAACCCUCCCCUCACAGUCCUCCUUCUCCUCUGUCGUGACAGGCGCUGUCGCGGCGGGGCACAGUCUGCGGAGGUUGAAGGAAAGGCGGGAAGCCGCGGUGGACUGGGGCGCCAUCGAGGGUUUUCUGAGGAAAAGGUGCGAUAAGGAGAGCUCGUCCGAGCAGCCGGCGGGGACCCCCGCGCCACUGGCCUUUCGCUCCCGAGACCCUCCGCAGCCAUCCCGACCGACGGCCCCAGCGACAGCUAACUCCAAAUGGCUGGGUCAGGUAGAGGACGUGCUUCGUUUACCUUCAACAUUGAGGCUAUUGGCUUUGCGAAAGGUGCGGCUCUACCUGAUGCCGUCUGUGAGCCUCCACCGCUGUUCCCUAGUACAGAGAAUAAGCCAGUGCCUCUGAAAACAGGAGACGAUGAAGAUUACAUGUUGGCCUUAAAACAAGAUCUUAGAGGAACUAUGAAAAAAAUGCCAUAUUUUUUGGCAGUAGAAGAAGAUCGUGAAGUAAUUGAGAGGUACAGGAAAAAGUACCAGGACAGUGAAAAGGAGCAUGCCACAUGGACCCCAGAUUGGAGAAGACUCCCAAGAGAGGUGAAGCCAAAGAAAAAGACCAAAAAAGCUUUCUUCAGAAUUGUGAACCAGAUCCUUCAACAGCAGUUGGAGCUGGUAUUGGUUGUUCUUAACAGCAAAAAACUUCUUUAUUACAUAGCAUCAUAUAUGUAUUUGUUUUUCAAAGUGUUUUCUACUAUGCAUGACUGUUGUUUUAAGUUCUCUGUAGAAGCCUGUUGCUCGGUUGAUGUGAAAUAACACUUGGCCUCCUGUAUCUAGCUGUCUGUUUUAUUUAGUUUUUUUACUUUCUUGUUCUCUAAGUGCUUCAUGUGUCAUUUUUCAGUUCAAGGAUAAAACAGAAGGAGAAAAGGGAAUGUGUAGUAGUCAUGGAGAUAUGUUCAGCUGGAAGCUUUGUUCCUUUUAAGAGUGUCAUUGAGAAGCAAGGUAGUAAAGGAAGACUGCACGACUCAACUGAAAAUUAGAUACUUAUUUGCUAAAUCUCUAAAGAUGCAAUUAGUACCUACCUACUUUUUUUUUCCCCCCAAAAAAAGAAACUGCAUUGGCUUUUGUAAGCCUAUAUGCAAUAAUUAGCUCCCCAAGAUCCAAUGAAAUCAUAAAUGCCGACUUGUUAUUUCUUGUUACAAUAAUGUUGUGAUUAUCAUAAAGAGAGAGUCACUGCUCACUGUGGGGGAUUUUUCCUCUUUCUUUUGUGCCAGUUUCUCUAUUUGCUCUUAAAAGUAUAUUUUCUUACAUAGUUGUAAUGGCAAAGAUCAGCUGACCGUCAGGAUUUGAUUAGAUAAAAAAAUAGGUACCUCUACAAGCAAAAAACGUUAUUUUAGGUAUUUUUUGGGGUAAUCCUGAUGACACAGGGGCCAUACAAAAGUAAUAUGACUCAGGAAGUUUGUAAAGAGCUGGUCAGCGACACGUUAGCCCUUCUGGUACAACAUAUCUUUGUUGUAUUUUGAGGGCAGCCAUUUUAGGUGACUCUCUAUAACCGAGUGGAACAAAGGUGAGGGAGUCAAGAGAAUCUGCACCAAAAUUCAAACAGGCUUCCUACAAUUCUGCCUUUGUAGGCUGCAGGAGUGGUUUUGGGAUCGCUACACAGGGACAUAUACAGGGAUGGCUUCAUUUUUACACUCCUCUCCCACCCUCUUUCUGAUUUCCCUGAAUGUUUUAAGCCAAGACCUGACCACCUGCCUUCUUAGGGACAGAACUUUGGGUAGAAUUCCACAUCUCUCCCCACUUACCCUGGGCUGUGGACCACACUGUCCUAGAUACCAGCAGUGCCUGCCAAAACAGCCAGAACGUUGUCUGGGUUCAGCUCAUGUAGGCCAGCUAUAUGCAUAGGCAUACAGCAAUCAGAUGUAUGCAUUUAAGCCAAGAGAACAGGUAUUUGGAAAGCUUAGAUUGCAUUCCAUUACAUCUCAAAGCUACGUGGAUGUAAGGAGCUUGAACUUCUGCUAACGGUGGGUCAGUGUCUCUGAUUUUAUGGUAAGUUCCAGAGAUGGCCAGCAUUUAAGGAAAGAUCUUGCAUGUCUCUUUUAAUUUCCAGGCUGUUUGUUUUAUAGGCAUUGUCUCUAAAAGCCUGCAGGGGGUUGUGCAGAGCUGAUAAUUCUGAAUCGCACUUUCCACUUGUUUUCCUUAAAACCCUACUCCAUUCUGGAUGUGUUUGCUUUGAUGCUGUUCAUGUGUCAUUACUGAGCAGUUUGUCUCCCCUCAGCUCUGUGUGGUGCUUUUGUCACAUAAUCCCUUCCUAGGCAAAACACUGAAAUGAACUGGAUGUUACUUAUGCCAAAUGCUAUUGAUAAAAUACAGUUGUUUUAUUUGCAGCGCUUGGAGCUCUGCUUCCUUAAGCGUUAGGCCAGAUAAAAUACAUAACCUCAUUAGGAUAUCCCCUCCAUCGAUGCACGCAAUUUUUCUUUCUGACACCACUUAGUGCAGCCUAGUGUAAAAAAAAAAUGCAAGUGGCAUAAUCUGGUUUGUCUGAAGCUGCCUUGUCCAUCAGAGGCCGUGCAGCUACACCAAUACGGCACGUUACACAGGCAGUUUUACCCUGCUGAGCAGAGCUAACCUGUGGUAGAUACAGCCCUAUGUUGUAGGUUCUAUGUGGCGGCGCUGCAUAUCGCAGGAGAGCUGAAAGACAGUUGCAUCACAGAGCUCCCUAAAGGCUGUGACAUCUCUCGGUACGGAGCUCUUUUCGUCCCCUCACCUGCUGGUCAAACAGCACUUCUGGAGCUGGGGCAGCUAUUCCCUUAGUUUAAGGUGCUGUGAUUCAGCUGGCUCUUACCUGGAUACAUGGAAUGCUAUUUCUGACCCUUGCUCCACCAUAUAGUUACGUAGCAUAAUGGCUGCAGGGAGUGACUCGAUAAAGGUGUUGGUGAAUCGAGGGACUAGGUGAAAAUGUGCACUGUGGACUCUAGAUGAGAGCCAGCCGUGGCACAAAAGCCAUUGUAACCAUGCCUACUGCGUUGGAGCUAAUCAACUCUGCUGUCUGCCUUUUCCUACCUGUCUGAAGCACCCAGCUGCCAUUAAUGCAUUGCAUUAAUUAGCAACAUCAAUGAGUUUUUAUCUUUUUCGAGAUGGUGAAAAAUAACAGUUGAGAUUCUGUUCUAAUUUCUUCACAUAUUGUGAGUAUGUAGGAAAAAAAGUGUUUUGUGAAGCUGAACGUCAUACUUCGGCCAAACCGUUGGUCAACAUUGGUUCAAAGUGAGUUUCAGACUGGCCCUAUAGGCAUCACUUAUGAAAGUCAGGCAUAUACACCUCCAUGAAUGAUGUACCUCAAAGUCUAAGGUAAUUUUAAUAGAGACGGUACAGGAUUUCUGUGGCAUUCUCAAGAUGUAAGCUCUUAAGAGCAAGUAAAAGAAAACAAUUUGUAUUCUUCCAUAUUAAAAAAAUAAUCGUGAUGUA